GCAAAAGGCACAGAGGAGUUUAAACUGAGACAGCUGUGAGGGAGCGAAGCAGACGGACUGAUUUUCCUCAACAUGAAUCCUGCUCUGGUGGUGUUGGUACUGUCAUUGCUGGCCACAGCGGCAGCUCAGUCUCAUGAUCAUCAUGACAUGGCAUGGGUUAACGGCUACCGCCAGAGCUUCAAUUUCCAGUGUCCCCACGGAGAGGUCCUUGUGGCCAUCAGGAGCUACUACAGUCAGAACGAUGGCUCGGACCGCUUGUGGACAUUUGAGUGCCAGCCCACACCUGAGGGUCUUGGGGAGCCCAGUGACUGCUGGUGGGACGACAUCAGUCGUGCUGGGAUGGAGUGGACUUCAACUUGUACCCGCAAUGGUCUGGUAGCAGGUGUACAAAGCAAGUACUUUGAAUCUGUUCUUGACCGGGAAUGGCAGUUCUACUGCUGCUAUUACAAACGCCGUUGUCCCUACUCCUGCAUGAAGACCACUGACAUUCCUGAAUACUACAGAGAAGAGGGAGAGCUGGUGGUUCCUAGUUAUGGCUACUUCAUCCGAGGUGCCCAGACCACCUUCAGUGGAGUGCUAAGAGAUCGGCAGUGGAAGUACAUCCUGUGCAGAAUGACAGACUUUGACUGUGAAUUUGAGAAUUUAUAGAUUUGUAAGCAGCAUGUUACCAAACUAUAAACAGUUCUAACUAAAAUACAUAUUUACUCUUACAUUUAAACACGACACUGACAAUAUACAGCACUCAUAUGAUUCAUGUUUUCAGUCAUGUAUUAACUUGUAAUAAAUGGAUCGACCACAGGCAUGUGACAUAUGUCUGUAUAAUCACAAUUUUCUUAGUCUAGCAUGCACAAUGACUGCUCAUGUAAAGGUAACUGUUAAGAUAAAUAUGAACACAGGAGGUCUGCAGCAAACUUUAGACACAUUAGACAGCUCAGGUGUUUUCAUUUAGUUGCAGGAGGACCAGGAAGUCCUAUGGUAACACCCAAAAGUGCUUUUAUAAAACAAGCUCAGUUAUUUGAUGCUGUGUUCAUGCUGAUGGUGGAAAACACUACGUCAGGCUCUGCUCCUCGACCUCUCAGCUGGGGUCAGGUGACUUUGAUGGCCAAAAAUAAAAGUUCACAUCAUUUUCAUGCACAUAGUUUCAGUGAGCUGCAGGGCAUGACCAAUUGUGAUAUUGUCUGGGACGCAGCACUUGGAACAAUUGUGUAUGUGUUGGAAGUAAUGAGAGGCUCUUUGAGAAUCACUACCAGUGUGAGCUUUGCAUGCAAUGAAAUGUGUCCCACCUGCUUUUAAUUGACUUUACAUUGCUCCUUUAUUUAAGUGUCUUCUCUUGUUCAGUUUGGCAAUUACAUCUAUAUACUGUACUGAAACUCGUGGCUGUGCUCUUUAGAUUACUUUGUAAGAUCAUUUAUUUAAUGUAAAGGUAUAAUAUGUUAGUUCAACAAAAUAAGCAAAUUAAUUGAAACAGCAUUUAAGUAACUGAAAAUAAAACAGUAAAACUGCCAAA